GAGUUGUCGGAGUAGUCAAUUGCCCUAUCUCACACCUGCAGAGGCAUACAACAUCUACUCAAGUCCUCCAACACAAAAUGAAACCAUCCUUACCACUGCGACGCAUUUGUCGCGGGACAAACAUCACAAUCCGCCCGCCAACCUCUCCAGCACUCGUCCCACGCAUUUCGCAUCAGCGACGAACAUCACCUGCUCCAAGCACUCGCUCAACACCACUCACAACCACAACCCGGCGGUCCUUCAACCUCUCGUCGCUUUCCUCCCUCUUCCCCCCAAGCAACGGCAACGGCAACGGCAACGGCAACGGCAACGGCAACGGCAACGACAACAACAAAAGCCGCGUCUUAACCGCCACCCGCACCCUCCCCUACUCCCUCAGCGCGCUCUUCAAAGUCAUCUCUUCGGUCGAAUCCUACUCGCAAUUCCUCCCCUUCCUCACAGCCUCGACCGUCACCCACCGCGACCCGGAAACGGGGUACCCGACGCGCGCCUUCCUAACAGUCGGCUACGGGCCUCUCAGCGAAACCUUCACGUCGCGCGUGGACUGCAAUCGGGACAAGUGGACUGUCGAGGCGCGCAGCGGGGCCAAGUUCGGGGGGAUUUUUGAGUAUUUGAGUACGAAGUGGGAGUUGGUGCCGGUUGCCGGGGGAAGUGUGCAGACGCGGGUGCAGCUGGAGAUUCAGUUCGAGUUUCGGAAUCAGUUCCAUGCGGCGAUGAUGAGCGCUGUUGAGGGGCAGAUGGCGGGCGUUAUGAUUGAGGCAUUUGAGAAGAGGAUUAGGGAGGUGGAGGGGAGGUAAUUAUCAUAGAUUCGGGCUGUACGGCUUGGAUGGGUUGUAUAGAACUAUAGAUGAGCUGAGGGCACAUGGAUUGUAUAGUACAGAGGAUCAGUCGCAUUCUUUCCAUUUUGUAUCUCUAUCUCGAGACGAAUCGCUGUACAUUUAGACAUAUGAGAAAAGA